AUGGAAGCCAACGUGCCAACGAUUAAGGUCGUGGAAAAAGGUGCUAUGGUGGCUCGAUUGGGAAAGUGCACCGAUGGCCGACGAUGUGCCGCGGCGAUAGCCGUCUGUCUUACGACACGGCAAGACGACGGCGGUGGCGACGGCCGCUACGAUGACACGGUGACAGCGGGUAAGCAAGGAGGAACGGACGAACAGCACGACAGGGCGAAGGCGAACUCCCUCCGUCACGUCCGCACUCCGGCGCGGCGGCGCGGCAGCGGCAUCGGCAUCGGCAUCGGAGGCGGCGGCGGCGGCGGCAGCGGCGACGUCGACGACGACGACAAAAUAGAAAUAGAAAUGUCAUUGCUUGUUGAGCAGUCACCACCGCGAGGCGAGGCGAUUCAGGUCGGUGCGGUGCUGAUAUCAUUAUAA